AUGCGUUUUCUAGAGUUGAGGGGCAAGAAGCUCAUCUCCAUCAUUCUUCUGACAUCUGGUUUAGAUUUCCUUCUCUUUGGAUAUGAUCAAGGCCUCUUUGGUGGCAUCCUGGGCGGCCAGCGCUUCAAGGAUACACUUGGCAAUCCAGAUGCUACAAUGACUGGCCUCGUCACAGCCAUCUACGAUAUCGGCUGUGCACUAGGGGCUGUCGUCGCUUUCAUCUAUGGAGAGAAGAUAGGGCGCAAGCGUUCCAUUAUCCUCGCCAAUCUCAUUGUGGUCGUUGGGGCUGCUAUACAGACGGCUAGUUUCGAGUAUUGGCAAAUGUUUGUCUCCCGCAUCAUUGCUGGCGUCGGUGUUGGGCUCUCAACGGUUGCUGUACCCAUCCUACAGUCUGAGACGCUACCUGCGCACAAUCGUGGUGCAUUACUGGUGGUGCAGUCUGCACUAAUCAUCAUUGGUGUUUCAGUUGCCUCCUGGCUAUGCUUCGCGACACUGUAUGCCAAUAGCUCGUUGCAAUGGCGUUUCCCUAUUGCUUGCCAAAUUCUGUUCUCACUUCUUGUACUGGCGUUAACGCCUUUCUUGUGCGAAACGCCGCGAUGGCUGGCCUCUCGUGGCCAAAUUGAUGAGGCCAAGUACACUAUCAGCCGAUUGCUCGACAAACCUCUCGACGAUGAGGAAGUUCAAGGUCAGCUCCAGGAAAUUCUCGACGCGAUCGAAGCAGAAAACAGCGAAGAAGAGCCCAGCUGGGGCGAGGUCUUCAGCAACGCUACCAAAACCCGAAACUUGCAUCGCGUUUUGCUUGGUAUGGGUCCAUACAUGAUGAACCAAUGGUCUGGCAUCAACGCCCUCUGCUACUACCUCGCCUACAUCUUCCAGGAGUAUCUUGACUACUCCCCGAGCAUGGCGCUCAUCCUCGCAUCCGUUGCAUUCACCCAAUACGCUAUAUUCUCCUGGCCUCCAUACUUUUACAUUGACAAGAUUGGACGACGAUGGUCGGUGAUGGGGUCUUCGGCUGGUUGCGCGGUUUGCAUGGCCAUUGUCGCUGGCUGUCUCGCGAAAAAUAGCUUCGCAAGUGCCGCUGCCGCAGUUGCCUUUAUGUUCUUAUAUCUCGAUUGCUUUACUCUUGGUAUCUUGCCGGUAUCGUGGUCCUACUCGGCCGAAAUCCAGCCACUUCGUGUCCGGAACAAAGCCACAGCCGUGGGCGUCUUCUCUCACUGGAUGUCCAACUUUGUCGUCGUAAUGGUGACACCCAUUGGUCUUGACAACAUCAAAGGCCACUACUUUUGGGUUUGGGCUGUUGUCUGUGCGUCUUUUGUGCCUCUGACGUACUUUUUCGGCGUAGAGACAUCUGGAAGGACGCUGGAGCAGAUAGAUGUCAUGUUCUACGAGAAGCCGAGGAUCUGCAUGGGCUUGAACAAGGAGAAUAGAAUGGUUGUUAGGACUAACAAGCUGGACGAAGAGCAGCGAUACAGGGAGUUUGCACACGUAAGCGAGAAGCAAGAGGCUGUUAUGGCGGAAAGAUUGGGUCAGGGUGACUAG